UCCUCUUCCGCAUCUCGGUGGAGCCAGAUUUAGAGCAGAAAUCAUCCCGUCUCCAUCCGAGUGACCCCUCUUCCGCGCAUUUAACUCAUAACCGUGUCUCUUUGACCACGUGGUCUUUUCAUUCCGCGUCCUCAGUGAAACUCUAAGUAUCAAUGAGGUUCGUGGUGCUAUUAUCAUUGGUGGCUUUCGCCAUGGGACAAAUGACCACUGACUCUCUGCCAGAGACAAGUUCGGCUUCGGAAAGUCCAUCAUCAUCUUCGACAUUGGAAACGACAACAGAUGACAAGGUUGCCGCAACAACGACGACAAUGUCGUCGACAUCCCCCACAACCACAUCGUCGACAACCACAACGACGACAGAACCACCUCAGACUUCGACAGAGUGGCAGGAUAUGGAUGAUUUGGAAUCGCAAAAAUUAGUCAAUUUUGUCGUUUCUGAAAUACAGAAAUUAAAAAUGGAACAUAAAGAGUUAGAUGAUUGCCAGGAGUUGAACCUUUCUAGCGUUCUGAGUGGAAAGAAAUUGGUUGGAAAGUCAACAAAAUACAGCAUCACUCUGAAAGUUCAGCCUCAAAUUAAAAAUAGAGAAGAAUGUUUGAAACAAAACUCAACAAUGACCAACAUGCACCCUGAGAUUUGCGAAGCUGAUGUAACAGAAGGUGAUAUUAUUACUGGAAGAGAGGGGAAAACCUUGCUACGAUCAACCUGUCUACAAGUGGAAGAGCUUCAGGAUUAACCAGAUUAUGUUCAGAAAAAUAUAAUCAAAGUUUAUACUAGUAAGAAGCACUGGUGUUCACUACUAUUAUACAAUCUUAGAUAAAAGCGCUUUCUAUUACAAAAUUUCUGUGUUUAUUUAAAGAGAAUGAACGCUUUCUUGCACUGAAUUAAAAUUACUUUUUAAAUCAAAUCAUGGAACGCGAAUUUAUGUCUUUGCGUACUAUAAUAUUAAUUUAAAUAUUAUACUUAUUUGUAUGUAUUUUAUAUUUGAUUUGAAUAUGCUAAUGAUGUGCUACAAAAAGUAAUUUUCCGUUAAUAGAACUACGUAUGAUAAUUUGCACUUUACGUUCUAGGUUAGCUCCUUUUUUAGUUAAAAAUUAUUAAAAUUAUUUAAAAGUUUAUACUACGUGAAAUAAAUUUUCGUAUUAUGCUUACAUUCAUUAACUUUAGUUAUUUGCUGAAACUUAAAUAACGUUAUUACCUUUUUUAAACAUUUUCUAAAGGCUCGGAAGUUUGUACUGAAAAAUUCUGGAUAAGUAUUAAUAAAACUGCAAAGGGGAAAUUUUGCGGUACUUGUAAAUAAUACUGAAACCAUGAGAAGUAAGAACAUAUAUGUAAAAACAUACAUAAAAAAUGGAAAUGUACAUGUUAAAAUGUAGAUAAAAUGUUUAAAUUUAUAGAACUCCUGUAGUUUCUAUACACGUUAUUUUUAAAUGUCCAAAAGCACAUAUUAUUUGUAUAUUUAGCUUUAGUGAAGAGUUGCUUGAAUUAUAAUAUUCCAGUGUUCUGAAAGCGGUUAAACUUUCAUAUUAAGAGAGUUUUAAUGCAUUUAACAAUCACUAUUUCCACUUUCACUUAACAUUUGAAUCCAAUGAAACAUCUUGUAUGAAAUUUUAAAUUAAAUUUUAUUUUCAAUAAAAUUUUUAAUAGUGUAAUAUUUUAAAAGGUUCAGAAAAUUACCAAAUUUGGAUGAUUUAUGCCAAAAACACUUUGAUGUGCUCGGUGAUUAGUUGUUUGGUAAUAUAAUAAUUUAUUGUUAAAUAUAUUAUGAUUUAUUUAUGCAUUUCCAUUUACAUAUUGUUAUUAUUAUUCAUGAGAUGGAUAUCCACGCUUAAAAUAAAAAAAUAUUAUUCCAGCUAAUAUUUUAAUAAUUAUUUAUAUUAAGUGUAUAUAAUUUGUACUUUCAGUAUCUAAAAUGCACUUUGAUGUAAGUAAUCAAAAAUUAUUUAAGUGUAAAUAUUUUAAAAAACUGUCUUCUAUUAUUAAAUGUUUUUUAGUAUAUAUUUUAAUGUUUGGACAAUUAAAGAAACUUU